AUGGUAAAUAUCAACAAGGAAGAGGUUUUAUCCCUUACCAGAGGCAAGAGGAAAUUUGGAAACAAAAUUACUAUACCUACCAGUACCAAACUAGAAGGGGAAUUGCAACAAGUAUCAAGCAAUGGAGAAAUUUUCUACAGUAAGGUAAGUGGCAAUAGUGAGAUGCUGGAAAUAAAUAUUGAGAAAAUUCUGAGAAAUUCAGCUGAAAGACUGAAAAAGAUAGGAAUUCAAGGAAUUGAUCCCAGUAUCUCAAGUCAAGCAGGCUCACAAGGAAAAGUUGAUGGAGGCAUAGUGGACCUUGAACUAAUCCUCCUGAUUAUAACUUAUGAGGAAAAACUUGGAGGGAGGCCUCAUAGAAUAGAAGAGAGCUUGGAUUUUAUUCAGUACCUUAAUGAUUGUGGUCUUCAAGAUACUGGUUUUUCUGGUUCCAAAUAUACUUGGUGCGAUAAUAGAGACCCACCUGCUACCAUUUGGAAGAAAUUAGAUAGAUUAGUUCAUAACUCUCAAUGGUUUGGUGUGUUCAAUGCUACUAGUGUCACUCAUCUAUCUAGAACUUGUUCAGACCAUUCUCCCCUCCUGGUAAAGAUGAACUUUGACAAUACCCAUAUUAUUAAAUACUUCAAGUUUCUCAACAUAUGGACAGAACACACUGAGUUUCUAGAAACUGUUAAACAUUCUUGGAACAAAGAAGUCUUUGGUAACCCUUUGUUUGUCCUUCAUCAAAAUAUCAAGAGGACUUGUAAAACUCUUAGCUCUUGGUCGAGACAAACUUUUGGUGAUAUCUCUGAAGAGCCUAGAAAACUUAAAGCUCAAAUGAGAAUUUUGGAAGAGAAUAGUGUGACUAAUAACUCUGAAGAGAAUAGGGAAGAACUAUCUAGACUCAGAGCUAUUUUCACUAAGUUCCUCAGACUUCAAAACUCUAUUCUCAGGCAGAAGGCGAGGAUCAAAUGGCUUGAGGAAGGGGACUCCAACACUGCUUACUUCCACAAUAUCAUAAAAGACAGGAGGAAAAAGCUCACUAGUAGGAAAAUUAUGGAUGAUCAUGAUAAUUUGCUAGAAGGAAAUGAUAACAUUGCUGAAGGGGAUGUGAGACUACCAAAAUCUUUUCACACACGAUUUAACUAA